UUACGGUCAUUCGGAACAUCUGCUACAGAAUGACAGAAGCAGGGUCAGAGUAUACUAGUAGUGGGGGACUCCGCAAUGAAUGAUGGGGUAUGGCGACGUGUAGCAUGAAUUGUUUUCGUAUUUCAUCCUUCAAAUAGACGAUUUCGAAUACAACGAAAAUAAAAUUGGAAUUAAUAUUUGGUCUCUUUUGUUAAACGGUUGGAGCAAUUUAGCUGGAAAAUUAUGCAUUAUAACCAUUCAAAUCCACGGCGAGGGAAACCGAAAAGGUUACUUGAUCCAUCUGCUGGUUUAUCUACACCACCACCGAUUCCUCAGAAUCCAUAUAUGUAUAAUCAACAACAGGCUCCAGUGAAUAAUGGUAUGGUACCUGAAUAUGGUUUCAAUGUACCAGAACAACAGGCACCGCUGUAUGGAUUUAAUGCACCGCCAAUGCAAACUUAUACAUCUCCUGAAGGUCGUGGAGAGGAAUAUCCACCUUCGCAAUAUGCAACACAAUUAUUGACACAGCCAGUAAUUACAGACAUGGCUUUUGAAUAUGGAAAUACUUUAGUAGGAUCUGGCAAACAACAACUUCAAAAAUAUCUACCAAUUACAGCUCUGAAGUACUAUUUUGCUGUUGAUUCAAACUAUGUUUUUAAAAAGCUAGCUUUGUUAUUCUUUUCAUUCACUCACAAGGAUUGGUCUGUAAAAUAUGAGCAAGAUGUACCACUGCAACCACGUUAUGAAAAAAAUGCUCCAGAUAUGUAUAUUCCAACAAUGGCGUUUUUAACCUAUAUACUUAUGGCUGGAUUAGUUUUAGGAACUCAAGAACGUUUCACACCAGAGCAGCUAGGUAUUUUGGCUAGUUCUGCACUAGCAUGGGGUGUCAUAGAGUUAUUGGUGCACAUUAUAAGCCUUUAUGUGAUGAAUCUAGAAACAAGUCUUUCAACAUUAGAUUUAUUGGCUUUCUGUGGCUACAAGUAUGUCGGUAUUAACACAGUUCUUGCGGCUUCAUUAGUAUCAGGAAAGUUUGGUUAUUAUGUAGUUUGGUUAUACUUCAGUGUAUCUUUAGUAUUUUUUCUUAUGAGAUCGUUAAAAUUGAGGGUUAUUCCACAAAACCAUAGGUCAUACACAGCUUCUGGUAACAAAAGAAGACUCUAUUUUAUAUUAUUUGUAGCAGGUAUUCAACCUGCGUUAAUGUGGUGGUUAUCGUAUCAUUUAAUUUAAUUAAAAAUUAUAUUAAAAUUUGGAAAUGCGUUUUAAGAAAACAAAAUGUGUACAGUGUUUCUCGGAUCAGUGUAAUAUUCGCAUCCCCACCUCGCUUCGCUGGAAAACCUAACCGAUGCUCUAUCUCGUUCCCUCUUGAGAGUAUUCUUAUGGAAGUGACAUUCGUAAACAUUGUGCUUGAGAACGCGGUUACAACUUCCUUUACCCCGGUUUAGUGUAAGUUCUCGGUCUUGAACACUGUAUAUUUAUUUGAUUAUUCA